AUGUGUGCUUCAGGUACACCAGAAAGCUUGAAGAAACAAUUUGGCAAACGAUAUGUUGUGACGAUGUUAAGUGAAAAACCUUUUGACCAUCAAUUUGAAACUGAUCUCCGUAAAACAUUCCGCACAAUGACAAAUCUAAUGUGUCAUAAUUAUUCGUCUCAAUUCACAAUUCAAGUUCGGGAUUUCACAAACGUUGAUCAUUGUCACAUGAAUUUCAGCGAACUUAUGGACUUAUUAAAUGCAUUUUCAUCUGCAAAAGAUCUUAAAUAUACCGUCACGGCAUGUAUGCUUGAUCAAGUUUAUGACACAAUCAUUAAGAAAGGACUUACGAGUGCUUAUGAGAACAGCGGUUUUGCAUCAAACGAAUAUCAAGCAACUUAAUAUUAAAUUAGAAAUGUAUGUAGGUAUGAAAGCGGUUGUGCAAACUUGUAUCAAAACCUUUUACGUUUAAGUCAAAAAAAUAAUUACAAUAAAAUUUGAUAGCAUUUUGGGUUUACAUAAGAAUUUAUUAAUUCAAUUUCGAACAUCUUCAGUAAAUUUCUUCAAGAAAUUCAUUUUCAUUCUUCUUCAUCGUCUGAUGAAUAAUCUUCAGAAUUCCAGCUUUCAUCGUUCUCAUCGAUAACACCAUCAUAAAAUUCCUCAUCAGUUCCAACUUUGAGUUUUUCAAGUUUCAUGAGAAGUUCGUCCCUUGUGGGAACCUUCUUGACUUGUGAUUCCUCUUCGAUCUCUUCAUCAUCACAAUCCUUGUUCUUCUUUUUCUUCUUGCCAUGCAUGAAACGAAGAAAAGUUCUUCUUUUUCUUUCUGGAAGCGAUUUUAUUAACUGUUUCAUUUCUAUAUCCAAGCGAAGUUUUUCUUCAUCUGUUGGUUCUGAUGGAAUGAUCGGAACUUCAGAUUCACUUUUCAAACAUUUCGCACAUUUUUUAGAACUGAUUGCACAAUCUCUGCAUAAGACAUGGUAAGCUUUUUUAACUUUUCU